GUCUUCAGGCGUUUGGUGAUCCUGAUCGCCGAUCACGCACGUGUCACAGCGGCAGGGGAGGCGUCGUUGGCGCAGGCCAAGUCGGCCACUGAAGCGGCCCGACGGCUGAUGACAAACACUGAAGGUGAUCAAGAGGACUCCUCGGAUCACGAAAGUGAUGCCCUUCGUGACGAAAUUGAUGCGCUAAAAGCCAAACUGGACACCGAGGUGACUGCUCGCAAGGCCGCAGAGACCCAGAUGGAGGCCCUUAAGAAGCAAGCUGAGCAGGUGUCAAAGGAGUACGAUCGUGUUUCCUCUGAGUGUCAACAGUUGCAGAAAGAACUGGCUGCGGUAACUGGCGAUGGCGGAGACAAGAAGAAGGACUAG